UCACGUGAAGGAAAUAAGCAAAAUGGCAACAUUGGACUCGGCUGCUGCACCUUUGUAUUAGCGCUCAUGAUUUUACAGCCUCAUCUACGUCUCCUCGUCUUGCUGCAACCGCGAGGAGUCAAACCAAAUUCAUCGCACAUCACAUGACCUUCUAUAGUGCAACUCUGUCAGGUAACCACGAAGGGCCUACAGUACCAUCUUUUGGCGUUCUUGACACUCUUAGCCCGGUCUCCACACAUGUCUCGGCUCUUGUUGGAAUUAUUGCAGGGGUUGCUCUAGAAGUUUUGGUCAUCUGGCUAUUGGUCGUCCUGAGGUUCAAACUGAAAGCAAAUGCCCCGUCCGAUGGGAAUACCGAACUAAACCCAGACCAAAUACGAACUAAACUUCAGAGAGAUCAUACUGACAACAAUGCAUCACUAUGUUCUGUCUGUCAAAAUUUGGAUUUUUACCGUAUCUUCUUUGAUGGUAUCCCAGAGACACAAGAAAUCCCACUCGAUUCACUUUCGUCCAUCUUACAAAAAUCGUACCAAUGCAAUUUUUGCCGCCUCAUAUCCUUUCACGUCCGUCGAACAUGGAUGUUGGACAAUUUCCCUGACUUCGAUCUCUCAGGGAUUCAAUGUCGGCUGUUCUCGAUGCCUUGCGGUUGUCUUCGGGGACCCUUUUACCCCCCACCCACAUUCCGUUGCUACCGUCUCCACAUCGAUAUGGAUGGCCUAACGGACUUUUGGGAGAGAUAUCCUGCUUCAAGGGCCACAGCAGGUUCGCUUAGCAUCUUCCUUAUGCAAGAAGACGCUUUCAAGUUCGGGAGGCCAACCGAUCUUCAUUGUCGCAGGCUGAAGAACACUGUGGACAUCGAUCUGGUAAAGAAGUGGAUUAAGCUGUGUCGGGAGAACCAUGGGGAUGAUUGUCAUAAUGUGUGGAGCAUGGACGACGGAGAGGAUAAGAACCUACCAAACUAUGUGAGACUGGUGGACGUGGUCUCGAUGACCCUGGUUCCUGCACCUUCUAGCUGUCGUUAUAUUGCCCUCAGUUACGUAUGGGGAGUCGUCAGCACAGAGUAUCGGACGACGACGGAUAAUAUAGCGAAGCGCUCCACACCUGGCGGGUUGAACUCGGCAACCUUUCCGGAGACCAUAACUGAUUCUAUUCUAUUCGUUCGACAACUUGGUCUCCGAUACCUAUGGAUCGACGCUCUAUGCAUCAUUCAAGAUUGUUUGCAGGACAAAAUCACUCAGAUAAAAUCUAUGGAUUUAGUUUACGGCCUUUCUUAUCUCACGAUAGUGGCCGCUGGCGGCGCAUCGGCUCGAGCCCCUAUCCCAGGAUGCCGGCCACGAACUAGAACACUAAAACAGCAUAUUGAGGUUGUUCAAGGAUUUCAUCUCUGUGUGGGACCUCCAAGACUUGCGGAGGCUCUUGCUUCGUCCGUAUGGAAUACGCGUUGUUGGACCUAUCAAGAGAGCGCGCUCUCCCGCAGACAGAUAUACUUCACUGAACAUCAGGUCUAUUUCCAGUGCCGGCGUGAUGUUUUCUGCGAAGACAUCGUCGCUGAAAGCAAGGGCCACUCUCACAACUUUCUUCGGAAUUCACGUGGAGAAUACUUCCCUCAGGCGAACCCCUUUGGGACUUACAUGUGGGCCGUCAGGGAGUGUACACGACGCAAUCUCACCGUGGAAUCAGAUAUCAUUGAUGCUAUCACUGGAGUGACAAAUGCUCUGACAAUAGGCUUCAAGCUCGGUGAUCCCGUUAGAGUCUUUCACUGUGGAAUGAUGUUGACGGAUCUGCAUCACGCGCUUCUCUGGCAACACGAUCCACACACACCUCGCGCUCGUCGUUCGUUCCCUGAUGGAGGCAGUUUACUUCCGCCUUCUUGGACAUGGGCUGCAUGGCGUGGUGCUGUUGACUACAUGUCAGAGCAUCGGUAUUUGGGUAUCGUCAACGGUAGCGGCGAACCGUCGGUGGUAGAAACGUUUGUCGAUUCUUGGUACAUUGUGGACGAUAGUGGUGCUACAGUGCUGCUUCAUGUUUCCCGGGUUUCCCGGAUUGUUUCGAUUCCCAUGACAGAGGAAGAGAAGUUGGCAUAUUCCCCCCCAUCAAGGAUUUUAGAUCCAACGGAGCUGACGCUAGACAUACGUCGACCGCUAGCACCAGGCACCCUCAUUUUCCGCACGACCUCGAGCCACUUUAGCAUUGCAUGGCGAGGUAGCGAAGAAAAUGAUGAUUCGAGUGCGUGUCUCCACCACGGUCUCUUCAAUAUUCUCUCCACCGCAUCUUCCCCUCCCAUUUGGGUUGGCACUGCGGUCCUUCCAUUGGACCCUACGCCUUCACCGUCUCUCGAGUUCAUCGUUCUUUCCCGUACUGGUACGCGUGGCGUGUACGACGAACAGAGUCUCGGGUAUUACCAUGAAUGCGUCUUGCAUGUGAUGGCGGUCAGUCAGAAUGAGGUUUGAUGCAACGUGUUGGGUUGGGCGUCAUUCAUGAAGUCUCCUGGAAUGCUUCACAGCCGGAGGAAAAGGUAGUGUUUCUUCGAUAAUGGCUAGCCGUGAUAGUGUAUCUCGAUGGUUGGAAGGAUCUUAAAUUCAUUGAUAUGUCCAGGUUGUGUACGG